AAAAACUACAGGAACUGGUUUUGUCCCUAUAAAAUAGAGAAUAUUCCAUGCCUUUGUGCAGAUCCAAUCCAACCAAAGUAAUAGCAUAGUCUAUACGGUAAAUGUACAUAUUAUUUACUCCCCAUCUAGUCUGCCUAUUGACAUCACAUUUGAAGAUCCCCAACUGAGGAGGAGGAAGAAGAAGCCCUCUAAAAAGUUCACAAACUUGCAGGCUCCCAGUUAAGAAUGCCAGCUCAAAGAAAACCUGAGGAAAUUGUCCCAACACUACUGGAUCGUCUGAAAAAUGCUAGGGAUGCAUUAGGACCCAUCCAUAAGAAAGAUGAGAAAAUAGUUUCGGUAUUCAAAGAAAUUGAGACUGAACUUGACAAGAUGAAAGAUUGGGAAGGGGAACUCAUAAAACGGUUCAGAACUUUGGUGCAAGACAUCGAUAAAGACAUUGAGACUGAACUUGAAAAGAUGAAAGAUUGGGAAGGGGAACUCAUGAAACGGUUCAGAACUUUGGUUCAUGACAUCGAUAAUGAUUUUUGGUUUGAUAGAUUGAAGCAUGGCAACGCCGAUGAUAUUCUUAAUGGAUUGGAGCUCAUCAGAAAGAGUAUUGCAUCUGUAAAACAGCUCUUUCCGGCGGAAGAAAGUCAGGUGACAGAAAUAAGACGUUCGAUGCCUUUUACUGGGAAGGAUCAGACAACGUCUGAAGAUCAGGCUGUAGGGAAGGAUCAGACAAUGUCUGAAGAGUGGUCGAGACUUGAUGUGGAGAAAAAAAUUUAUGGUAGCGAAGCAAUAUCAGAUUUUCGGAAAAGUUUUGACUGUCUGGGGAGCAAUCAACUGAAAGUAUGCUCCUUGUGCCUUUCAAUUUUCCCAGAGAAUAGCAGCAUAAAGAAGAGACCCCUUAUUUACUGGUGGAUAGGAAUGGGUAUGGUCACUAAAACCUCAGAAAAGACUGCAGAGAAGGUUGGAGAAGAUGUCUUUGAACAAUUGAUAAAUGAAAGCUUCAUAAUCCCCAAAUUUGUGAAUCCUUAUUCCAGUAUAAACAGUUUUAUCGUGCACCCUUGGAUUCGAAGAAUGCUGAUCUCGGUUGCCAAAGGACUUCACUUUUUAAAUUUUAAUCCCUCAGGGAUGCCUAGCAAUGGUCAUCAUCAUGCAUUCUUAUUUGCGGAUCUUCGUGAUCCAUACAGUGCAAUGACUGACAAUACUCUUACGGUUUUCAAUGUGAAUUGUCAAUAUCUUAGAUUUAAACCUGACUGGCUCUCGAGGUUGAAUAGGGUUGAGGUUCUUCAGUUGGGCCGGUGGCAAAACUCUGUCGAGCAUCAUAUUGAAGUGGAAAAUGAAGAUUUCAUAGUUGAGUCAAAGAAGAAAAAGAAAGUGCAAUAUGAAGUCUCUUUGAAUGGUUUGGGAAGUCAGACAUCCCUAAGAUAUCUAAGCCUCAGAGGCGUUUCUAGAUUGACUAACCUACCUCGUUCUGUGCUUAAACUAAUAAGCCUUGAGAUUCUUGAUUUAUGUGCAUGUCACAGUCUAGAGAAACUGCCUUCUGAUAUAUCAGCACUGAGAAAUCUUACUCACUUGGAUGUGUCUGAGUGUUACCUGCUCGAAAGCAUGCCAGAUGGUAUUCAUAAGCUCUCUGCACUCCAAGUACUAAAGGGUUUUGUGAUAGGAAGUGUUGGAAGAAAUCCGUGCAAGCUAAGUCAACUUGCCCAGUUAGGAAGUUUAAGGAAAUUAAGCAUACGAAUUGGGAAUGAAGCUGUAGGAAAAAGGGAGUUUUCAAACUUGAAGGACUUUAAAGCCCUGGAAAUUCUGGUAAUAUCAUGUGGAGCACAUACAGAAGAUGCUCUAAAGACCAUCUCAGUCCCACCGAAACUUAAGAAAUUGGACCUCUGGUGCAUCCCUUUGCAAGAUAUGCCUGAUUGGCUAGAGCCUGGUGCAUUACAAUAUUUGGAAAAAUUAUACAUCAGGGGAGGUGAACUCAAAAGCUUAAAGAACCAAGGUGAACAAACGAACCAAGGUGAACAAACGAACCAAGGUGAACAAACGAACCAAGGUGAACAAACGAACCAAGGUGAACAAACGAACCAAGGUGCACAAACCUGGAAAGUUAAAAUUUUAUGUUUGAAGUAUCUGAAGCAUUUGGAAGUUGAUCUGUCAGAAUUACAACGUAUUUUUCCUAAGGCGGUGUACUUGGAGAAAAUCAAAUGCAACAAGAACAAGAAAUAUGAAGGUUCAUAUGAUCCAGAUAUCAUAUGGAACAAUGCGCUGCAUGAGAAAGCAGCAAAUACUUGAGCCUCAAACUGCUCCAGUCUCUCCAUGCGCCAAGUAUUUGCAUGGUGUAGGGAUUGAUCUUGUUCAUGGGUUGCUCCCAUGGGUGACUCAGAUCAGGAGAAAAAGCUUUAUGUUUUAUGGAUCCAUUUUCCGGGCUUUUCAAUUUUCCUUUUGCAUUAGAAUUCCUUUACUGUUGCAGGCUCCUGGAAGUUAACCAAUUCUGGAAGUGAAUGCAAUUGCAGCUGCCAAACCUGCCUUGUAGUUUGGAAUAAGGUAUUUACUAAAAAGUAUGAGGCCUGAUGUAUCUGUGUAUUUGCAUUGGGUUU